CACAUGACUUGCUGUCAGUCAAGUGUGCACUUGUCUUGCACACAUUUAGCCAUGUGCAUGAGUCAAGUCAGGGAGCUAUAGUUAGUCUAGUACAUUGGUAGUAAGUAAUCAUGUCAGUGACAUUGGGAGGCAACAUUAUUGUGACUGGGGCAAACAGAGGAAUUGGCCUGGAGCUGAUAAGACAGUUGGUCGAACAUGCCGAAGAAAUUCACAUCUUUGCCUGCUGUAGGGAGCCCGAAGGAGCUCGAGCAAAGGCCCUGGGAGAACUGGCAGAUCAGCACUCCGAACAGAUCACCAUAGUCAAACUAGAUACCACAGAUGAAGCCAGUAUCUUGGCUGCUGUCCAAAAAAUUGGUGAACGAGUCAAUGCCCAUGGUUUGAAUCUCCUUAUCAACAAUGCGGGCAUUAACAAACCAGACUCACCGGCACCACUAUCGCUUACUAAUAAAACAGAGAUGAUGGAGGUGUACGAGACCAACGUUGUAGGACCGUUUCUCCUUGCAAAGAUGUUGCUACCUUACCUCCAGAGGGCAGCAGAGGGCAACUCAACGCCAGAGGUUAAAGGGGGUCGUAUGUCCUGCAGGAGGUCAGCCAUCAUCAACAUCUCCUCUCUGGUUGGCUCCAUAGAGAAGUGUCCAGAGAACUUCCCCAGGGCACAGAUGUAUGCAUAUAGGCUAAGCAAGGCGGCACUGAACAUGCUGACUCGCUGUCUCGCCGAGGACUUCAAAAAAUACAACGUACUGGUCACAGCGAUCCACCCAGGCUGGGUUCAAACUGAAAUGGGAGGAAAUGAGGCUCCUCUGCCCAAGCAGGAGAGCGUGCAGGGCAUGCUUCAGGUGAUGUCAUGGCUCAGCAAUAAAGACAGUGGCACCCUGCUGGACUGGCAAGGCAACAGCAUCCCCUGGUAACCGUGCUAUGCUAACGUGCUAACUUGCUAACGACGGUCUUGUAGGCUGAUGACUGACAUUGUUAGGAUCCACAAGUGUUACACAAGUCCAUGAGGAAUUAUAUGAAUGGUAUUCCGUAAUUUGCUGUCUUUUUUCUCUCUUUCUAUUAAGCCCAGGGAGAAAAUGAAUAUGGAGAAAAGUCUGCCAUUUAACGUAUCUUUGAGCUCUGUAACCCACGCGUGGUGAUUCUGAACAGUUCCUUGUAUAAUUGCUUAUCAAUUUACUCAAUGUCUACUAAAGU